UGGAAGUUGAGCACUUGUUAUAGAUGCUAUUCCAAAGAUCAUUUUCCCAAAUGCAUAUGCAGUAUUGCAUAUGUUGUUCAUGACAUACAGCUAAUGAUGGAAAGCAGUAACAUCACCAUCCCUGGAAGUGUUCCAAAGGCAUGUGGAUGUGGCACCUGUGGACAUGGUUUGGGGAACACGGUGGUACUGGUUUAAAAGUUGGACUCGAUGAUAUUAUAGAUAUUUUCCAACAAUAGUGAUAUUAUGAUUCUAUAAACAUUUGCUGUAAAUGUUUCCUAUAUGUGUGCAUAAUGCCUCUCAAAAUGUCUAAUACUGACCGAGCUUUAGUGCUGCUGGAAGAAUAUUGCAAAAAACUACAGAAGCCAGAAGAGCAACAGCUGAAAAAAGCCAUCAGAAAGGUGAUGGGCAUCUUUAAGAGCAGCUUGUUUCAGGCACUUCUAGAUAUUCAAGAGUUUUAUGAAGUGACACUGCUAAAUUCCCAGAAAAGCUAUGAGCAAAAAAUAGAAGAAGCAAAUCAAGUUGCAGAGAAAUGGGAGAAGACAACAUCUGCUACAGACCAUGAAAAUCUGCAGAAAAAACAGGAGUCCUCUAGAUGCAGUGGUAGUAAACAGAAUGUUUCCUGCUGUGAACCAAGACCUGAAAACCAAGGUUUUGAAAAUGAAAUUAAUUUCUCCUCUAAAUAUCGUUAUCAAGAUGAGGAUGCUCCGCAUGACCAUACUUUGCCUCGUUUAACCCACGAAGUGAGAGGCCCAGAGCUUGUUCAUGUGUCAGAGAAGAACUUGUCUCAAAUAGAGAAUGUCCAUGGAUACGUCUUACAGUCGCACAUUUCUCCUUUGAAGGCAAGCCCUGCCCCUAUAAUUGUCAACACAGACACCUUGGACACAAUCCCUUAUGUCAAUGGAACAGAAAUUGAGUAUGAAUUUGAAGAAAUUACUUUGGAGAGGGGAAAUUCUGGCCUGGGUUUCAGCAUUGCUGGAGGAACAGAUAACCCACACAUUGGGGAUGAUCCUGGGAUAUUCAUUACUAAGAUUAUACCAGGAGGAGCUGCAGCAGAGGAUGGAAGACUCAGGGUCAACGAUUGCAUCUUGCGAGUGAACGAGGUUGACGUGUCCGAAGUGUCACACAGCAAAGCCGUGGAGGCCCUGAAGGAAGCUGGCUCCAUAGUGCGCUUGUACGUCCGGCGGAGAAGACCUAUACUGGAGACCGUCGUAGAGAUCAAGCUGUUCAAAGGACCGAAAGGUCUAGGAUUCAGUAUUGCAGGAGGGGUGGGAAACCAGCACAUUCCUGGGGACAACAGCAUUUAUGUCACGAAGAUUAUUGAUGGGGGAGCUGCACAAAAAGAUGGGAGAUUGCAGGUUGGAGAUAGACUUCUUAUGGUAAAUAAUUACAGUUUAGAAGAAGUUACCCAUGAAGAGGCAGUAGCGAUACUGAAGAACACAUCAGAUGUAGUGUAUCUGAAAGUUGGAAAGCCCACCACCAUUUACAUGACAGAUCCAUAUGGUCCACCAGAUAUUACUCACUCUUAUUCUCCACCAAUUGAAAAUCAUAUACUCUCUUCUGGAAACAAUGGCACUUUAGAGUACAAGGCAUCCCUGGCCCCUAUCUCACCAGGAAGAUACUCACCUAUUCCAAAGCACAUGCUUGUGGAGGACGACUACACCAGGCCUCCUGAACCUGUUUACAGCACUGUGAACAAACUGUGUGAUAAACCACCUUCUCCUAGGCACUAUUCCCCUGUCGAGUGUGACAAAAGCUUCCUUCUUUCAGCUCCCUACCCCCACUACCACGUAGGCCUGCUCCCUGACUCUGAGAUCACCAGUCAUUCCCAGCACAGCACUGCAACGCGUCCACCCACAGUGAGCUUGCAGCGGACCAUUUCUGUGGAAGGAGAGCCUCGAAAAAUCAUCCUGCACAAGGGCUCCACAGGACUUGGUUUCAACAUUGUGGGAGGUGAAGACGGGGAAGGCAUUUUCGUGUCUUUCAUCCUCGCAGGUGGGCCAGCGGAUCUCAGUGGAGAGCUGCAGCGAGGAGAUCAAAUCUUAUCUGUGAACGGCAUUGAUCUCCGAGGUGCUACCCAUGAGCAGGCUGCGGCUGCGCUCAAGGGAGCGGGGCAGACGGUAACGAUCAUAGCACAAUACCAGCCAGAGGAGUACGCUCGAUUUGAGGCAAAAAUCCAUGACCUGCGUGAGCAGAUGAUGAAUCACAGCAUGAGUUCUGGGUCUGGCUCCCUGAGGACUAAUCAGAAGAGGUCACUGUAUGUCAGAGCAAUGUUUGACUAUGACAAGAGCAAAGACAGUGGCCUCCCAAGCCAAGGACUCAGUUUCAAGUAUGGAGACAUCCUUCACGUCAUCAACGCUUCAGAUGAUGAAUGGUGGCAGGCAAGGAGGGUCACUCUGGAGGGGGACAGUGAGGAGAUGGGAGUUAUACCCAGCAAGAGGAGAGUUGAAAGAAAGGAGCGUGCACGUUUGAAGACGGUGAAAUUUAACGCGAAACCCGGUGUAAUUGAUGCAAAAGGGGACAUCCCCGGAUUAGGUGACGACGGUUAUGGAACAAAGACUCUGAGAGGCCAAGAGGACUGCAUCCUUUCUUAUGAACCUGUCACAAGACAGGAAAUUAAUUACACCAGGCCAGUUAUUAUUCUGGGUCCUAUGAAAGAUCGGAUCAACGAUGAUUUGAUAUCUGAGUUCCCUGAUAAGUUUGGGUCAUGUGUACCACAUACCACACGGCCAAAGCGUGACUAUGAAGUGGAUGGGAGAGAUUAUCAUUUUGUCAUUUCAAGAGAACAAAUGGAAAAAGAUAUCCAAGAGCACAAAUUUAUAGAAGCUGGGCAAUACAAUGAUAAUUUGUAUGGAACUAGUGUCCAGUCUGUGAGAUUUGUGGCAGAAAGGGGCAAGCACUGUAUACUUGAUGUGUCAGGAAACGCUAUCAAACGACUACAAGUUGCACAACUGUAUCCCAUUGCUAUCUUCAUUAAGCCCAAGUCAUGGGAGCCUCUGAUGGAAAUGAAUAAACGUCUUACAGAGGAGCAAGCAAAGAAAACCUAUGAUCGAGCAAUUAAAUUAGAACAAGAAUUUGGAGAAUAUUUCACAGCUAUUGUCCAAGGAGAUAGCUUAGAAGAUAUAUAUAAUCAAUGCAAACUUGUAAUUGAAGAACAAUCUGGGCCUUUCAUCUGGAUUCCUUCAAAGGAAAAAUUAUAA